AUGUUAACUUUAUCUAGAAGAUUGUCAACUUUUCAAUUAAAAAGAUGUUAUUCUGUUAAAGCUGCUGAGAAUUUGAAAAGAACGAGCAAUAACAGCAUUGAAACUGUACAUUCUAUUCUCGAUACUGGUCUUCGUGUCGCUUCGCAUUCUGCGUAUGGACAGUUUUGCACAGUUGGAGUUGCUAUUGCUGCUGGUUCACGAUUUGAAGUUUAUUAUCCUCCUGGAACUUCACAUUUUGUUGAAAAACUUUCUUUUUCGUCAACAAAAAAUUUUGAAGACAAGUCUAAAACGCUUGAACUUAUGGAAAAAUGUGGUGCUUUGGUCGAUUGUCAGGCUAGCAAAGAUACAUUUUUGUAUGCUUCUUCGUGUAGGAUAAGCAAUGCUUAUGAAAUUCUUCGAUUGAUUGCCGAUGCUGUUCUAAGGCCUAAAAUUUUAGAAGAAGAGGUCGCUAUUUGUCGUGACGUAAUUCGAUAUGAAAAUGAUACACUUGCGAGGCAACCAGAACCCGAUCCUUUACUUUCUGAUUGGAUACAUCAAGCAGCAUUUCAAUCAAACACAAUUGGUCUUCCCCGUUAUUGUCCGUCAGAUGGAGUUGGGGAAAUUACAUCAAGUCAUGUUUUGAGUUAUUUGAGCCAAUAUUAUACGCCUGAUCGAAUUGUUGUUACCGGUAUAGAUUUUUUAAUAUUCUUUAGAUUCCUUCUUAAAGGUAUCGGUAUCGAUCAAGACUGGUUGGUUGAUGCUGCUAAGGAACUUUUUGAUCCACGAGACAGCACUUGGGUUCAACAGCCUGAACGGCUACUUAAAAAUAUUCCUCCGUUGGAUGAUUCAUUGGCACAGUAA